GGGUUGUACAAAGUGUCAUCGGCAAAAUGGAAGUGACGACGACGACGACGACGACGACGACGAAUGCAAAGUGCGCCAACGGCGGAUUGGCGGGCAGCAGCAGCUCUGCCGCCGUGGCCAAAGUAUCGGCCGUUUCGCCAGCGGAAGACGGUGCGUCCGCUUCCGGUGUGAGUAACAGGAAAGAUGGCGGCAAUGGCGGAGGGACGUUGUUGCAGAUGCACAAACCCCUGGCCCACCUGUUGGCGCACCGUCAGUGGUGGAAAGUCUGUUGGGUCUACGGCGAUCAGCAGAAGUAUUACAGACAAUUGUAUGGCCGCAAAAAGAAUUUGACGACGCUCAGGUCUACGGUGACGGACGCGUCGAAAUCGACGUCGUCGUGUUGUAACGACGACGCUCAUCACGCCGAUGCCGACGGUGUGGAUGACGAGGACGAGGCGGCCGUCAGUUUAUCGUCGUUGAACACUGUCCCAUGUUUCCACACCUCGGAAAAAGUGUGUCGUAACUGCAAAUGUCCGCGAGAAGAUCAUCAAGAGCAACGUGCUUACCAAGCUGGGGGCAGCGUUGCGAACGGCUACAACCCGCAACAGCCACAGCGGGCCGGUUACGCGCCGUACCAGCAGCCGUCGCCGCAAUCGCUGACGUCGCAAUCGUCCGACACGGCCCAACUGCUGGCCAACUCGUCGUCCGACAAGCUGGUGGUGGGCCGAGGAGCCUCUGGCUUGUUUCAUCCGCUACCGUCAUCAUCAUCAUCAUCAUCGCAGCAGCAGCAGCAGCAGCAGCACAAUCACGCGCAUCCUGGCCAUCUUCAUCCUCCUCAUUCCCAUCAUCAUCAUCAACUGGGUGGUCUGGGCACUGACGUUUUACGUCACUCCCAAUCCGACGACGAUUCGGGCUGCGCUUUGGAGGAGUACACGUGGGUUCCACCCGGAUUGAAACCCGAUCAGGUACACUUGUAUUUCUCCGUCCUGCCGGAAGAGAAAGUCCCAUACGUCAACUCGAUUGGCGAGAAGUACCGUAUUCGGCAGCUGCUCCAUCAGCUACCGCCGCACGAUAAUGAGGUGCGCUACUGUUCGUCGCUCUCCGAAGAUGAAAAGAAGGAGUUGCGGCUCUUUUCGGCCCAGCGAAAGCGCGAAGCUCUUGGACGCGGCACCGUUCGCCAAUUACCCGUUGCCAAUCCGGUGCCCACCUCCUGCCAUCAGUGCACGGAACCGAUGGGAGGCGGUGAUAUGGCCGUCAUGGCUUCCAGAGCCGGCCCAGCCCACUGCUGGCAUCCGGGCUGUUUCAGCUGCAGCGUCUGCAGAGAAUUGCUCGUUGAUUUGAUCUACUUCUACCGAGACGGCCGACUCUAUUGCGGGCGACAUCAUGCCGAAACGCUGAAACCCCGUUGCGCCGCCUGCGAUGAGCUGAUCCUGGCCGACGAAUGCACGGAAGCCGAAGGCCGAGCGUGGCACAUGCGCCACUUUGCCUGUUUCGAGUGCGACAGAGUUUUGGGCGGUCAGCGGUACAUCAUGCGCGAUUCGCGGCCUUAUUGUCUCCACUGCUUCGACGCCAUCUUCUCCGAGUAUUGCGACGCCUGCGGAGAGCCCAUCGGAGUCGAUCAAGGUCAAAUGACUCACGAGGGCCAACACUGGCAUGCUACAGACGGAUGUUUCUGCUGCCACACGUGCCGGGCUUCGUUGCUCGGCCGGCCGUUCCUGCCCCGACGCGGACUCAUCUUUUGCUCGAUUGGGUGCAGCAAAGGAGAGCCACCUACGCCCAGCACCGACUCCAACGCGCACACGCCCACGCACAGCAACAACAGCAGCAACAGCAACAGUUUGAUGCAUCAUCAUCACCAGUCCGGCGUGAGCGGCUCCAGUCCGUCCUCGCUCCCGUCCAUCGGCUCGCCUUCUUCCUCCGCCUCCCGCAGUCCGAGACGGAUCAGAUCUGGCAAGAGCCAGCAACAACAGCAGAGAUGGCGUGGCCGAAAUGGUAAUCAAGAUGACGCUAAUUCGGAAACGACUGAAGCAUCGGACUAUUCCAGUCAGCAGCAAAUGCUUUCGCCAGCCUCAUCAGCGAGCCUCAACCUGGGCUUACCACCGGCACCGCCACGUAGCGUUACGAGCACGGUCGGCGCCGGAUCGGAACUGAAUUCUCCAUCGCCCAACCAAGUGCGACGGUCGAAACGGCAGCCCAUGGCGGAUUUGUCGAGCCUGGCAGGGUCUAGCUGCAAUGGCACCACCAGUCCAGUGCCUUUGCCCAUGUCGAGCGUCGGCAUCGCUCACCGAGGGGUGGUCGAUUUCCGCCAGCACGUCCCGGCGCUCGAAGUGGCGCCAUCCGCCGCAGCCAUGCCGCCAAUGAAUUUGCAGCAACAACAACAGCAGCAACAGCCGAUUGUUUCUGCUGGCAAUUCGCCCACUCACGUUCUCAGAUCUCCGCGAAUGGGCCGCAAGAGCCUGCGCCCUUAUCAGCAACAGCAGCAGCAGCCAGCCCCUCCGUUGUACGAGAAUCAAGUCUACACGCCCAUGGAAACCCUGUCGCUCAACGAUUCGCCUCGCUAUCGAUCUGAGCCGAUGACGUAUUCCGUCCUCCCUGUUGCUAGCCCUGAGCAGCAGCAGCAGCAGGUGGAGCCGAAAUCAAGCGAAACACCCCGCCAGGAGGUGCAAACGGAAAAUGCGGUCGUGCCGCCUGCGAACGCUCAAUCUCCGCCCGAACAGGCGACAACCACCGACGCUGCGGUCUUGAAUUUGGAACAGCUUUUGAGCAAAGUGGCUGCAGGUGGGGUGGCGCCCUUGUUGACCAAGCAGGUGCUCGAUAAGUUAUUGGAAGCCGCAGCCGCGGCCAAUUUGAUCCAGCCGCAGCAGCAACAACAACAGACGGGUUUGCGGCGUAGCCCCGACUCGCAUUCGACGUCUCUUCCGGACUUGACGUCUCAAACUGAGCUGGACGGUAAUACUCAAACCGGAUCGAACGAUGACGAAGACGACGGUACACCGGCCGAUACGAAUUCGCCGGUGGGCGAAGGCUGCACGCCCAGAAAAUCCAAUUUGAUGAGUGGGCGGAGUAAGAAUGGCGGGGCGGAUUCUCGCCAACUGAGCGUCAGAUUUGAUCCCAACCAAGUACCUAUGAUCGACGGAGCGUCAGGCGGUGGAAGAACUCCUGAAGGAGACACUAGCAGCAGUAGCAGUAGCGGUGGCUGUCGCAAAAUCAACGACCAUCACCAUCCUUCGUCUUGCUCAUCAUCUUUUUCAUUCAAGAGUGGUGGUCGUCGAAAACAACAAGUUCAGCCACAAAAUCCCAAUGUUCCACGCUCUCAUUCUUAUUCCGGUCGCAGUGCUCUGGAAGAGGCGAUGGAUAGCGGCACUUCCAGUUUUGGAACCCGAGCCGAAGCUGGGCCCAGUAGUGGACGAGCUGUCAAUAGACACCGGCCGAUUAAUGACAUGGAUAUGGUGAGUGUCUGCUCCACCUGCUCGAGCUCGAGCAGCGAUGAGGAAGAAGACUACUCCUCUUAUCGGCUUCCAGCAGCUCGUCGCGCAGCUUACGGUGGCGUUCGCAUUAGUUAUGUACCCAAUGACGCCAUGGCUCUUGCAACUGCCCGCCAGCGUUCUCAGACACUUCAAUCUUCAUCGGCAGGACAAUCAUCGAGAACCGCCUCCAACGCUGGAGGCGACAAAGAGAAGGACAAGAAUUGCAUCAUAUCUUAACGGAUACAUAAAGUACACAACUCACUUCAUAUUAUACUCAGUGAAAAGAAAAAGGUCAAUCGAUGCUGUCUCGUAACAAAAGAUGCAUGUUUGUUUGCCUUAUCAUAUAACACGCUGAUAGAGUAACGCUAACGAACAAUUUCAGUUAUGUUUUUCUUGGUACCGUAAAAUGGUGAGCACCCCUCUCCCCCUCCCCGUAAAAAAAAAAAAAAGAAAAGGAUUAAAGAGGACUUACGGAGAAGACAAAUGUUGAAGACGUAUUGAUGUCGUUUUUUUUUUUUUGUUGUUUAACUGACAAACGAACAACAAGAAAGCAAUGUGAUUUGCUUGAAUGACGUCAACUUCUUCGACAACACACCAGCUGUUUGUUCUCGUGCAAUAAUAGGAUUUCUUAUAUUAUGCAAAUGUUUAAUAUCUAUUUAUAUAUAAAUAUGUAUAUUGUCAAUAUAUAUCAAAUGAACAAGAUCGGCUACAAAUACAACUUUUGACUUAA